UCUUGGAGUCCGGCUCUCUGUUCAAAGUUGAGCAAGACAACAGACAGUUCCCACAGGCGAGACAGACAUUUGACCUUAAAGUUUUUAUUUGGAGACGCAGGUUUAGCUGCGCAGCUCCUCAGCUUCCUGUGUGUGUGUGUGUGUGUGUGUGUGUGUGUGUGUGUGUGUGUGUGUGUGUGAGUUAGCAGGUAAGCUAGCUAGCUGUGUGUGAGACCAUGAGGCUGGGCGCAGUGCUCGUGUGUGUGUGUCUGCUCUGGGCUGAAGGCUCCAGGGGAGACACACCUGCCAACUGCACCUACGAGGAGCUGCUGGGGACCUGGGUGUUCCAGGUGUCCAAGGUGUCCAGAGGACACGACGAGACCGUCAAAUGCUCCACUCAGGCCACAGGGGAGAGCUCUGUGACCGUGACCCUGGAGAAACUGUCUGUGGCCACGGACGAACUUGGGAACACCGGCUUCUUCACCAUCAUCUACAACCAGGGAUUUGAAGUGGUCAUCAAUGGCUACAAAUGGUUCGCCUUCUUUAAGUUCUCUGGAGAGGGCCCUACAGUCACCAGCUACUGUGACCAGACCAUGCCAGGCUGGGUCCAUGAUGUCCUGGGAAACAACUGGGCUUGUUUUGUGGGAAAGAAGGUGAAACCAGUGCCACCCCGUGUAGAUUAUAAACCACUUUUCAGCAGCAGGCUGCUCCAGAAGCCGUACAAAAACAACAUGGACUUCAUUGAUUCCAUCAAUUCAGUUCAGAGUUCUUGGAAGGCUGUGGCCUACGCAGAACACGAGACGUUCACUCUUCAGGAACUGCAACGUAGAGCUGGGGGACCCGCCUCCCGUAUCCCCAUGCGUGUUAGCCCCAUGCCUGUGAGAGCUGGUGUUGCCAAGAUGGCUGCAUCUCUUCCUGAGCGCUUUGAUUGGAGAAACGUUGACGGUGUAAACUUCGUCAGCCCCGUGCGAAACCAAGCAUCAUGUGGCAGCUGCUACUCCUUCGCCUCCAUGGGGAUGUUAGAGGCUCGCAUCCGAAUCCUCACCAACAACAGUGAGACCCCCAUCCUCAGUCCGCAGCAAGUGGUCUCCUGCUCUAAAUACUCUCAAGGCUGUGACGGUGGGUUCCCAUACCUGAUCGGGAAGUACGUGCAGGAUUUCGGCCUGGUGGACGAGUCCUGCUAUCCGUACGUUGGAAAGGACACUCCGUGUGGCGUUCCUAAAAACUGCGUCCGCGUUUACGCCGCAGAGUACAACUACGUUGGUGGGUUUUACGGCGGCUGCAGUGAGAUGGCCAUGAUGUUGGACCUGGUCAAGAAUGGACCCAUGGCCGUGGCCUUUGAGGUCUACUCUGACUUCAUGAACUACAAGGAGGGCAUCUACCACCACACAGGCCUCUCAGACCGCUUCAAUCCCUUCGAGCUGACCAACCACGCCGUGCUGCUGGUGGGAUACGGCCGCUGCCACAAGACCGGGCAGAAGUUCUGGAUUGUGAAGAACAGCUGGAGCACCGGCUGGGGCGAGGACGGCUACUUCCGAAUCCGCCGCGGCAGUAACGAGUGCGCCAUCGAGAGCAUCGCGGUGGCAGCCAAACCAAUCCCCACGCUGUAGACAAGUCAGGACGGGAGGAGUGUGGGUCCUGAAGAGGGAUCUCAGUAGCACAACUUUCUUGAUCUGUUUUUUUAACGUUAAUCCAGAGGCUGAAAAUGUUAUGCAAAAUCUGUUACUUUUCACAUUAGAUCACAUCACACAGCAAAAUGUCACAGUUCCCUAAUCCAACACGCAGAUUGUCAAGAACUACAGUGCAUAAAACUGCUAAACCUUUUAAAUGAAAAUACGUGUAUUUUAGACUUAAUGCCAAAAGUCAUUGUGACGAUGAAAUAUCAAAGGGAAAAAUCAUCGCAAAACCAAAAUAUGUAUAUGAUUGUUUAAAGACUUUUAACCCUGGUUAUUCUGUAGUCAAGUGUUGCAUCUUUAAAUGUUGACAUUAGAGGCUUUACUUGCAGUGCAGCUCUUCUUUUUCUGGGAAUAACAUGUCAAAAACAAAAGACAAGACAAAAGUUCUUUAUUAUGCUGUGAAAGCUAUAUUUGGUUAGAGUUGGUAUUAGGGACACCAACGCUUCUGUUUUAUGGUUGAUUUUUUUAGUAUUAAUGAAAGCAGGUCGCUGCCUUUGUAUUUUCACUUUUGCACAAUCGCUCAAUCGCUGCCAAUCGAUGAUUUAAUUCAAGCUGUAACUGCCGACACAAACUUGGAAUCAAUGCAAUCAAUGGAUUGGUACAUACUGUCAUGAAUCAUAAAAGGAUAUAACAUUUUACUCUAAAAUUCAAAGGGAAUUCCCAAACGAGAGGUCGGUAUUUGUGUUUGUCAGGUGCAGGAACUUGUUUGUUGGUCUCAGGGAAGCUCAGGGGAGAACUGUAAUAUCUUCAACUCUUAUGGAACAUCUAAAAGGCAUUUCAUGAUAAAGGGAUUCAACUGGCUGUAGUGCCUUCGAUUCUGCCUUUCUUUUACCCUUGUUUUAUUGAAAGCAUGUGUUUUACAUUGUAUCGUGAGAUUUGCACUGAUUGAAUAAAAGCAUUUUGGGAAUUUG